CGCGGAGGUUCGCUUGGUGGCCGCCGCGGUGGCUCGCGCGACAGCAGUCACGCGCGGUUGGCGGCGGGCCGCUCCCGCCGAGGCGGAGCGAGGGACUCGAGGAGGCCCCAGAUAUUCAUCUCCUGAAGUGUGCGGGCGCAACAAUCCAUCUCCGAACAGCCCCGCUCAUUCGGUCUCUGGUUACUGAGCACCCCCCGCCCCGGGUCCAGCCACUGCAGACCGUCUUUACUAAAAUGUUAAACACAGCUUGAAGUCACGUGCCCAUAAACUGGCAGAGCUGGAAGGACCUUCGCCAAGACAGUUAACGUGACGGUGUGUCUCCCACGGAAAAGCCCUCCUCUAAACACCUGACCUGUAGGGACGCAUCCAUGCCCCACAGCCUUAUGGAGCCGGCCUUUCCUACUGCAGCACAGCGCUCAGAGCCGGGUUCAAACCCAGGCGAGUUCACCUGGUGAUCACAGAUUGCUAAUAUCACAGACAAUGACAGCGGAUUCCAGAAUGGCUGCGGGACUUGAUUCAGUUACUGGGGGAGUAUCCCGUUUUAAACAUUUGAUAUGACAUUUGCACAUUAGAGUUCCUAAAUCUAAAAAAAUUCAGGACCAUUAUAUAUGGUGAGAUACACACACACACACACACACACACACACACUCUGCUAAAAGGUUUGGUACCUUCAAGAUAAUUUACUUGCAGGCCAUGUGUUUUUAUAAAUCCAUGGAUGCUAGUUAGAUGAAAUAUUAAGGUUUACAUACCAAUGUUCACAAAUUUAGACUAAUAAGAUCUGGGUUUGAAUCUUGACUGCUACUUUGCGAGUUUGGGUAAGCUUUUGUUAAAAAGGGUCCUUGAGGGCCGUCCGAGUGGCUCGGUUAAGUGCUCACUCAAGAAUGCCAGCUCUGAACAACAGAGUCUCUUGUUCGAUUCCCUGCCCGAGCUGAGCUGCCAACAGGUGGUAGGAUGGCUCAGCUAAAAAAAAAAAAAAAAGGGUCCUUUACCCUUAGUUUCCUUAUGUACAAAAAGUGUAUAAUACCCCUUAGGGUUUUGUGAGGAUUAAUGAACUCUCAUAUAUGGGUUCAUCAGUGGGUUCAUGCAGAGUCCAAGUAGUUGGCACUCACUGAAGGAUAGCUAGUUUUAUCUAUUAUCAUUCUGCCGCCCAGAGAGAAGGUACAAAACUACUAUGUAAGGCAUUUCUCUUCUCUGAACCUAAAAGCAAGGGUAAUACCCUGGAGCUAUGCAUUCUGACAAUAUGUAGGCCCAGUCGCCAGACUUAGUAAAAACACCUUAGUAAGUGCUCAAGAGGAAUAACAAGCGCAGGCCAAAAAAUAUUUCUUGAAGACAGCUGUAGAACAAGUUCUAAAUUUUUCAGAAAGAAGUUUUCUUCAUCUAGCCUGCAAACUGGUUUUUGCCUGGAAAAAGAAAAGAGAACUACACAUUUAUUUGCUCCUGCAGUGCCAAGUUUUGAAAUAAGCACUACAAAAUUCUCGAAUAGUCCAUUCAUGAUCUAUGCACAGGCAUAUUCUCUGAAGAUAGUGCCAUUUUACCUCCUUUUUCUUGGAUUUUUGGAUCAUUUGCUACAUAAUUACAAGCAUGGAUCUUAAUGGCUCUGAACAAGAUCCUGAAAUGAAGGCAUAUUCUGCUGUCUGGGUUGGCAGAGAAGAUAACAUUAAAAAAUCUGAAAGAAUGACAGCUGUUGUCCAUGAUAGAGAAGUGGUCAUUUUCUACCACAAAGGAGAGUAUCAUGCUAUGGAUAUUCGCUGUUACCACUCAGGAGGACCUUUACAUUUGGGAGACAUAGAGGAUUUUGACGGACGAUCGUGUAUAGUUUGCCCCUGGCAUAAAUACAAAAUUACUUUGGCAACAGGAGAAGGACUGUAUCAGUCUAUAAACCCUAAAGAUCCAUCAGCAAAACCCAAGUGGUGUUCCAAAGGAGUAAUGCAAAGGAUUCAUACAGUGACAGUGGACAAUGGAAAUAUUUAUGUGACUCUUUCUAAUGACUCUUUUAAAUGUAACUCUGAUUUUUAUGCCACUGGAAACUUCAAAGUAAUUAAGAGUUCUUCCUGAUAAAAUUACAUGGCAAUGAAAAAUGUUCUGUAUGUUUUGAAACUAACCUUGCUUCAAUACCAAAGACGAUUAACUUUUUCCAACAUAGGCACAUUUGUUAUUUAUCUUUUAAAAUCAUGUAAAUCUGAGAGGUUCAAAAGUACAUGUACUGAAUAUGAUGUAAGGAUUAUUAUCAGUAUCCAUAGAAUACAUUUCAUCCAUUCCUCUGUAUUGAUUGGAACCUGAAGGUUUAGGGUCUGGUAUGUGCAUUUUUAGAAGGAUGAAAAUUAUUUAAAAUGACUAAAAUGAAGAAAAGGUAAAAAAUAAGAUCUAAGAAAAAUUUGUGGGGAAAAUCCCAAUUUGAUGUAGCAGAUUUUAUCACAGAAAAGGUUUUUAAUAUAUACAAAAUAAACAGAAUAGUACAAUAAACUCUUAUGAACCCAUCUUCAC